AUGGUGAAUUCUGCAUCCGGGCCAGCCGUGGGGUCCGGUUUGACAAAUGUGUGCUCUCAGAAUCUACCAGCCUCACACAAGGCUGUCGCCAGUGAUCAUGGAUCCAACCCUGUGCAAUCGCCGCCUGGUGCGGAGAACUCGCCCCCGGCUUUCUCGGCGCCAAUAGAUGUGCCCUCGGUCUACAAGUCUUACAUUCCAGGCCUCCCUUCCCUGCAGAUUCGCACCGACUUACCCAGCGUGCGUCCCACCAGCUCGCACCGCGAUUAUGAUUCGGUCGCCUCCACGAGCAUGUCGUCGAACAGUUUCUUGCAACGGACACCAAGUCUGCGCGCGCUCGCCGCGCCGCCCAUGUCGAGUGCCGGCUCCUUGUCGCCAGCGUCAAUCAUGUCUUCGCCUCAGCUGCGGGCCAUGGGUGACAUUACGCCGCUGCCGUCGCCCAUAGGUGGCAUGGCGCCCUGGCGGCCCUCAGAUCCGCAGUCCGCUUCUCGAACCUCGCCCACCGGAUCGUAUAGCAAUGCCAUGCUUUCCCCCUGCGACUCCACGCACAUGCUCGGGCGUCCUGCAUCGCGAUCGCGGGCCCAUAAGCCGUACGCGGGACUCGAGAAGGACGCGCCAAUCUCCCCGUCGACUGGUGCGCAUCGCGAAGUGCACACCAAACACCACUCUCGAAACCGGAGUUUGAGUGACUACGCGCCUCCGCCAGGCCGAGUGUCUCUGCCUCGACCGAUCGCAGUGUCUGGGGCUGGCCCAAGCCUCGCUCCGUCCUCAAGCACGGACUCGAAAUCCAACGGCCUGCAUCGCGAACAGUAUCUGGCCGUGCAUCGAGGCAUUGCAAUACCGACUGUCCGGCCUCCGAGCCCGCCCCGAAGUAGUGGAAGUGGACAAGGGGAGAGUGAUGCGGAGCUCGGCGCGUCCCAUACUGCGACUGCCUCCACAUCGGAUGAGGUGUACUCGGUCAAGUCCGUUCGCACUCAGCAAGCGCGUUUAUAUCGAAAGAUUCGGGUUCUAGGCCAGGGGACGUUCAGCCAAGUCAGCCUGGCCGCGAGACUGGAACGACCGCUCGGGACGCCCAUGUCCCCCAGCCUGGACUCUGACGCUGAUCUGGCAGUUGACGCACCGCUGACCACCAAUGCCCAGAAGUUGGUCGCUGUGAAAAUCAUCGAGCACGGGCCCGCGGGUGGAGCCGACGAGGAGCGCCUGGAGGUAUCGAUGAAGCGGGAGGUUGAGAUCUUGAAAUCGGUCAAUCACCCGUCGCUCGUUCAACUGAAGGCCUUUGGCAGUGACGAGAAGCGAGCUUUGCUCGUCUUGGACUACUGUCCUGGUGGCGAUCUAUUCGACUACGCAACAUCUGCCGGCAACCAGCCCAUGGCGCCGGGCCUGAUUCGGCGGAUCUUUGCUGAGCUCGUAGCGGCCGUCCGAUAUCUUCAUUCUCAUUAUAUUGUCCAUCGGGACAUUAAGCUCGAAAACGUACUACUGACAAUGCCACACGCGGCCAUGGAGUCUGUCACGGAUUGGCGUACAUAUGAUCGUGCGGUGGUCACGCUCAGCGAUCUCGGGCUGUCUCGACGGAUCCCCGAACCUCCUGAAAGUCCCUUGCUGCAGACCCGUUGUGGCAGCGAGGACUACGCUGCACCCGAAAUCCUCAUGGGUCAGUCGUACGAUGGUCGUGCGACUGAUGCGUGGGCGCUGGGUGUCUUGCUCUAUGCGAUCAUGGAGAAUCGUCUGCCAUUUGAUGUUCUUCCCGGUACUCGAGGCGAUCCUGCCAAGCAUCGCGCCCGGACUCCUCAUCGGAUCGCUCGCUGUGAGUGGAGUUGGUACCGCUUUGCGAAUGACGACGAGGAGUGGGAUGCUGACAAGGGCGCCGCCCUGGACGGGGCUCAGCACUGUGUCGAGGGGUUGUUGAAACGCAACACCAGGCGUAAAACAUUGGAUGAAAUCGCCGCCAUCCCAUGGUUACGCGACGCCAUUGACGUCCCAGCCGGUCUGAAACGCGGUGAUAAAGAAGUGCCAUGA